UGGCUGGCUAUGUGGAAGAUAUUUUUUAAUUACAUAAUUUUCUCGCCUUGGAAGUUCAUCCCCUUCAACAAUGGACAAUAAUUGACCAACUUCAACUUCAACUCCUUCCGAUUCAAAGACUCAGCUCAUCCUCCAUUUUCUCUUUAGCUCAAGCUUCGAUCCCAUUUCCCAUAAAUCUGCUUUUAGCUCUGAAUCCAGAGCUUCGCUUCCUUCUCCUUCAACCCUCUGCAAUCUUCCCUCUCUGAAGUUCUUUUCAAUUUCUGUUCCCACUGAUUACCUCCCGUUUCAAGAUUCAGCAAAAUCUGCUUCUCACUACCAAUCUUUCAUCUGGGCUUUUCUUCUUUUCGGGUUUCUGAUUUUCAAUUUUAGCCACGGGAUCGUCGAUUUGAUCUGAAAUUGAAAUGGGCAUCUGCACGAGCAAAGGCAAAUACUCGCCGCAGUAUGAUCGUUACGACGAUCAACCAAAAGCCCCGCCUCAGAACACCCACCGGUCGCCGGAAAAUCGUGCCGAGAACCCAUCGGCGGCGAAGCCCUCUGGUCCUCCCAAGAGCCCCAGACAUGCUGCUGUUAGGUCUGAUACGAUUCUUGGGAAGCCAUUGGAGGACGUUAAGCUGCAUUACUCUAUUGGAAAAGAAUUGGGGAGAGGCCAAUUUGGGGUCACUUAUCUCUGCACGGAGAAUUCCUCCGGUAAGCAAUAUGCUUGCAAAUCCAUUUCCAAGAGGAAGCUCGUGACCAGAAAUGAUAAGGAGGAUAUAAGGAGGGAGAUUCACAUUAUGCAGCAUUUGAGUGGCCAACCCAACAUAGUUGAGUUCAAGGGAGCUUAUGAAGACAAGCAAUCGGUUCAUCUGAUUAUGGAGCUUUGUGCUGGCGGAGAGCUGUUUGAUAAAAUUAUUGCAAAGGGCCAUUAUAGUGAGAAAGCAGCUGCUUCAGUCUGCAGGUCAAUUGUUAAUGUGGUUCAUAUCUGCCAUUUUAUGGGAGUGAUGCAUCGGGACCUCAAGCCUGAGAACUUCUUGCUUGCUAGCAAGGAGGAAAAUGCAAUGCUCAAAGCAACAGAUUUUGGGUUGUCUGUUUUUAUUGAAGAUGGAAAGGUGUACAGAGACAUAGUAGGGAGUGCUUACUACGUCGCCCCUGAAGUUUUACGUCGCAAAUAUGGAAAAGAAAUAGAUAUUUGGAGUGCUGGGGUCAUGUUGUAUAUAUUACUCAGUGGUGUACCUCCAUUUUGGGCAGAAACUGAGAAGGGCAUAUUUGAUGCAAUAUUGCGAGGACAUAUCGACUUUGAAACUGAUCCAUGGCCAACAAUUUCUAACAGUGCCAAGGACCUGGUGAAGAAAAUGUUAACUCAGGACCCGGCAAAAAGGAUUACGUCAGCCCAGGUUCUCGAGCAUCCAUGGAUGAGAGAAGGCGGGGACGCAUCAGAUAAGCCAAUGGACAGUGCAGUGUUUACAAGACUCAAGCAAUUUAGAGCAAUGAACAAACUGAAGAAACUUGCCUUAAAGGUUAUAGCUGAAAGUCUUUCUGAAGAAGAGAUCCAAGGCCUGAAAUCAAUGUUCACAAACAUGGACACUGACAAUAGCGGAACCAUCACUUAUGCAGAACUGAAGACAGGACUGGCUAGGCUUGGCUCGACGCUUAGUGAGGCCGAGGUCAAACAACUUAUGGAAGCGGCCGAUGUGGAUGGAAAUGGUACAAUUGAUUACAUCGAAUUCAUCACCGCUACUAUGCAUAGAUACAAGCUAGAGAAAGAAGAGCAUCUUUACAAAGCCUUUCAGCAUUUUGACAAGGAUAACAGUGGUUAUAUCACAAGAGAUGAACUAAAAGCUGCAAUGAAAGAUUACGGGAUGGGCGAUGAGGCAACUAUUAGAGAAAUUAUUUCUGAAGUCGAUGCAGACAAUGAUGGACGAAUCAACUACGAUGAAUUCUGUACAAUGAUGAGAAGUGGAACCCACCAAGCCAAACUCUUUUAACUCAUAGAACAACACAGAAAGGAGAUCGCUGAAGGGACCAUUUAACGCGAGAUCGGUUUUGGAAAGCUUGCCCGUCGAUGGUGAAAAUGUCAAGACUACACCUGAAACUGAAACAUUGGUUUUGGGUUUUAAUGUGUGAUAUUUUUGCAUAGCAAUUGAAUUGUUGUUUAUAUUGUUCUGUAUAAUUUGUUGGCUUGUGUCAGCCAGGUUCAUGUCUAAAGAUAGUUUCCCUGAUGGGAGAAUUUGUAUUGCCUUAAAUGAUCUUGUUUCCUUGAGUACUAAUUAUGUCCACUUGAUCUUUAA